AUGGGGAUAACAAUAUUUCCUACUAUUGAGAAAUGCACUUCGGAAGGUCGAGCAAGAGAUACAAUAGUUGCUAACUUGGAUGGAACUUUACUACGAAGUAAAGCUUCUUUCGCUUAUUUCGCAUUGGUAGCAUUCGAUGUUGGUGGGGUCUUAAGGUUACUCUUUCUUCUCUUAGUUUCACCUUUUUUCAGUAUUCUUUACUAUUUCAUCUCGGAGUCUGUUGGACUCCAAGUUAUUAUCUUUGUAACUUUUGUAGGGAUGAAGGUCUCCGAUAUAGAAUCAACAGCACGUGCUGUGCUUCCAAAGUUCUAUUCUGAAGACCUUCAUCCCGAGUCUUGGAGAGUGUUCUCAUCAUGUGGGAAACGUUGUGUUUUGACUUCCACCCCUAGGAUUAUGGUGGAACCAUUUUUGAAAGACUACUUAGGGGUAGAUAUUGUUUUAGGGACUGAGAUUGAAACAUAUAAAGGUAGAGCAACUGGCUUUGUUAGAGCGCCUGGAGUUCUUGUUGGGAAGAACAAGGCUAAUGCUCUUAGAAGGAUUUUCGGAGAAACUCAACCUGAGAUUGGUUUGGGUGAUUGCGAUACUGAUAUUCCUUAUAUGUCAUUGUGUAAGGAGAGGAAGGAUAAGUAUAUGGCUCUUGCAAGAAACGAUGGCACAGUUGUAAAGAAUACUUGA